AUGUCGCCGCCGGCGAAGUCGUCGUCCCUGCUGCCUGCUCUGGUAAUUCUGGCGGCAAUAGCAGCCACGGCCGAGCCCGAAUGCCCUACCAAAUGCGGCGACGUCGACAUCCCCUACCCGUUCGGCAUCGGCGGCGUCUGCUCCCACGGGAAGGACUUUGAGAUCUCCUGCAUCAACAACGGCACCACGGCGGUGCUCCAGUCGGACUUCCAUACGAUGCAGGUGCUGAGCCUGUCCGUGGAGCCACCGUUGGCCAAGGUGAUGCUGCCCGUGGCUUACAAGUGCUACAACCCGGAGAACGGCUACCCCGUCAGAAAGUCUGACGGGCACGUGGACCUGUGGUCACACGGCAUCUUCCUCAUCUCCGACACCCGGAACAUGUUCGUGGUGCUCGGGUGCAACACCGGCGCCUUCACCACCAUGAACUUCGGCGAGAAGCGCGGCGGCCGCUACAAGCACCAGUACUACGCGGGCUGCUUCACCUACUGCAGCGAGCCCGGGAGCCCCAAGGACGGCAGGUGUGCCAGCGUCGGCUGCUGCCACGUCGACAUCCCGCCCGGCCUCACCGACAACGCCGUCCAUUUCGAGACCUGGCCGCACGACGGCAUGGAGCACAGCCCCUGCGACAUCGCCUUCCUCGUCGGCAAGGACAGCUACGAGUUCCGGGCGUCCGACCUGCGCAUGGACGUCAGCCGGAGCAGCAUGCCCGUGUGGCUGGACUGGGCCAUGGGCCGACGGGGAGACGCGUCGUGCGACUGGGAGUACGCCUGCGAGAAUCCCAACACCGAGUGCGUCGACUCCCUCAACGGGCCUGGUUACCUCUGCAGAUGCAAGCAAGGCUUCGAGGGCAAUCCCUACGAUGAUGACAUCGGAUGCACCGGUAAGUAG